AAGAGCAAGUCAACCAAUUUUGUUUUUCCUGUUGCUCAGAAGUAUGUGAAGUCAGCCGUCUGUCUGGCACAGAUGUGUGUUGAUGUGCUUCUAGAUGUCUGGACCUAUGGUCUGGUCUGGUCUGGUCUGGUCUGGAUCCUCCCUACAGCCUGUGAGAUCAUCACAAUUUUAAUUAGACCGGAUCCGCCAAUUAACGGGAAGUCAGCCGGUCUCUCUCAGCCUUUUAAAAGCAGCCGAGGCAAACCUUCAACAGGAUUCUGACAGAGGCUCAAGACAAGUUUCAAAUUUACAGAAGGAUGUCUUCCACUGUACUUUGUGCUGUUGUUUUGCUGGCGUGUGUCUUCACAUUUAGUGCUGCUCAAACGAGCUGUAAAGGUCGAUGUGGUGUUGAGUACAACAGGGGUUACACGUGCCAGUGUGAUUAUAACUGCCUGUCUUAUGAAGAGUGCUGCAAAGACUUUGAAUCCCAAUGCACCACAAGUGAAAAACUCAUGUAAAGGACGGUGUGGAGAAGGCUUUAAAAGAGGCCGGCUGUGUAGCUGUGACUCUGACUGCGCUAAGUUCAAACAGUGUUGUCCAGAUCACAAGAUGCACUGUGAUGAAGAAGAAGUCAGUGGAGCAGCCAGUGCAACAGCACCAGUGAAGACUAAUUCAUGCAAUAAUGUAAAUGAUAACAAACCAAAAGAGCCAUCUCUAAAUGAAGCAACAGAGCCUUCUACAUUCAGUGAAGGAAACAAUGCAGAAGAUCAUUUAAUUCCACUGGCCAGCCCAACAUUAUAUCCACAUGAUGAUCCCAGUGAUGGAACAACUCUCCCUCAGCCCACAACAGCAGCUGAUCAUGUCUCCCGCCAGCCUAGUCCAACCUCUGGACCCCAAACUGAAUAUCCUCCCACAGCCGACACCCCAGAGCUCCAGACAGUGGGGAAGGCCGAGGUACAGUCUGAGGGUGACAUUCUUCCUGAUGAUCCAACUGUAGCCUCCUCUGAUGAGCCAGAUGUUUCAACCCUACCUUUCAAUACAGCCUCCUACAAACCUGUGGCCCCAGUAUCUGCAGGAGCCACACAGGGCUCUUUCACGGUCCUGGAAAACUCUCAGGUCACCAUCUCUGCCUCAACGUUGGACCUGACGCCCAACCCAGAGGCAACCAUUUCAAACACCAGGCCAGAUGAUACUGAGAAAAACACAGACAACGUCACAACAGGCCCUUCAUCUUCUCUGGCAGACCUUGAAGAUCCUUCCACCAGUGUUUCUCCUGCAGGGCCCGGGGAUUUGCCAGAGCUUGAAGCCCUGACAACCCACAUUCCCUCAUUCUCAGAAUCAGUGCAGGAUGACAUGACAGAUGAAGUUACAGCAGGAGCAACCACUAAACCACUAAAUGUUAUUCCAGACCUGACCAAACCCAAAACACCUGAGUCCACCUUAAAACCCCAGGACAAACCUGACCCAUACAGCUCAUUGCCAGUUAAACCAACUCCAGCUAAACUGACUCCGGCUAAACCCAUCUCCAAACCUGAGACUAAGCCCCUGGACACGGCACAAACUCUCAACAUAGAUAAUUCCGGAAACUACCAAGCAGAUGACAGUAACGAUACAAAUCUGUGUAGUGGGCGGCCAGUCAGUGCAGUCACUACGCUGAGGAACGGCACAAUCGUGGUUUUCAGAGGACACUACUUUUGGAUUCUGGACAGACACAUGGUGCCUGGUCCGGCUCGCGGCAUCACACAAGUGUGGGGCGUCCCUUCCCCCAUCGACACUGUGUUCACCCGCUGCACCUGCCAAGGCAAAACGUACAUUUUUAAGGGAUCCCAGUACUGGAGAUUUGAAAAUGAUGUGUUGGACCCCUACUAUCCAAAGGUCAUUGAAACAGGCUUUGAUGGGCUUCGGGGUCAUGUCACAGCUGCUCUGUCUGUGCCUCAGUACCGUAGCAGGAGAGAAUCCGUUUACUUCUUCAAGAGAGGGGGGUUUGUUCAGAAAUAUUCAUACCAGUUUGGCACCAGUCCAACAUGUGGCAGGAAAGUCAAGCAUGCUGUUUACACAGCCCCAAACCGAAUGGUCAGACAAGCAGUGUCUAGUCUAGGGCAAGCUGUUAACAUCAGGACAUCUUGGAGAGGUUUCCCCUCCACCAUCACAGCCGCUGUGUCCAUCCCGAGCAACAGAGAGCCAGAGGGAUACAAAUACUAUGUCUUCUCAAGAUCCAAAUCCUACAACGUGAGGCUGGAUAGUGAACGUCCCGUCAUUGCGACUCCUGCAGCCAACGCGUCACCUCAGAGCAACAACAUUUUCAAAUGCCAAAAGACAGUCUGAUGAAAGAAAGUUGUCUCAAAUGCAUUUUCUCUCUCAUAGUUUUAAAGUUUAUUACAUUCUUCAUAAAACACACCGCUUCAGCAUGGACUCCUUACAAAAAGGUAUAUUAAAAAAAAAAAA